GAUAAGUUUCCCAAUCUGGUAUUCUCCAACUCAAAAUUCUCAGCAAAAAGCAAUCACCAAAACUCUUCCCUGUUCUCAACCAUGACCGGACAGCAACACACACUCGGCCCCGGCCGCUUCAGGUCCAGCAAGUCCUCCCACCAGGCGGCUGUACAGCCAAUUCUGGAACAGCGAGGCCGCGAGCGUGAAGCUCGCAAAGUUGACUCACGACCACGUGAGACCCAGUCCACUGCAGGAAAGGCCCAGUUCGACGAUUUCUUGGCGCCAGGGCAACUACUUCGCGCUGAUCAAGACAAGAAACCCAAACGUAUAGGUGCUAACUGGGACAUUCUUCGUGGGGCGCAAAAGGCUGUCAAGGCGAUGAAAGGUUCUAGCGGCAAUAGAAAGUCACCCUCAAAGAAAUAGGGAUGACACAGUCCCCAUUUCUCCACACUCUCAAGGCUCUAAGGUUAUGAAAAUCUAGAGCCUCCAUAGAUAC